UCCUUGGUAGAAAGACACCACUCCUUGGACUCGUAAGCAAAGUUGUCGAAAUCGAGGCCAGUGAAACGCACACUUAUUCUUCCUCUCUAUCCCUCUUUCCUGUUUACCGUUUCGUUUGUUUCUGCGGAAAAUGGGAGGUGAAGAAAAUGUAAAGCAUCUUGAAGAUUGUUCUGUUUCCAAUGCAUUGGGCACUUGGGUAUUCUCAGUUGCAGGAGCUUUGCUGGCUAUUCCAGUGGGGAUAAAGCGCAAAUCUCUGGCACCCCUUGUAUUUUUUGGCACCACUGGUACUAUGUUGGAUAUUAUUAUGGGAAUUAGUGCUUGCGAAAGGGAACAUGCAGAGCGCCAAAUGAAGUUACUUGAAGCGCAAAAUGCUGCUGCCGAGACUUCUUUGGGUGAAACAGAAAUUGAUUCAUAAACUGCUAUGUUGAAGUUGUCAGCAUUGUCAAAUUUAUUUGGUCAUGAUUGUAACAAACUAAAUGCACUUUUUCUGGUAGCCUAAGGUCAAAUGUUCUUCUAAUUGAUGCUUUUUCGUUGGCCUUUUUUUUCUGGUUUUUCUUCCAGCAGUGUAGACCAAAGAAGGCGGGUAUGAAGCAUUUCUAUGUUAAUUUAUUACUAUAAGGAUUGCAGGGAUGUUUGGUUACAUUAUGUUUCCAAUAUAAUGGUAAUUGAAAAACGCCCUUGUUGGGAUAUAGCUACAACACCCGAAAGGGUUCUUAUUUUUGGAGCAAAUUGUGUAUCGAAUAAUUGGAGCACUGUACCCAUUUUUACAAGGAAGCUGAUCUCUUGUUUUUUAUCUCA